AUUGCAAUCGGUAAUGCAAGUGUGAGGAGUGGUUGUUUAUGGCGUUGUUGCUGCUUUGCUCAAUUUAAAGCAAUAUUUAUCAUUUUAUUUGCUGUUAAUUUUCAAACAAGGUUGCAAUCCCACUGCCAGCAGCCAUGUUGCAAGCCUGGCACAUCACAGUGCUGGCCCUGAUGGCGUUCUAUCUCUGUGGCCAAGUGCACUUUGCGGCUGGACUCGAGUGCUAUGUGUGCUCCAAUCAGACGGGGAACACGGAGAAGUGUCUGAACACGAUCAAAACCUGCGAAUCAUUUGAGAAUGUCUGCGGCACCGAGAUUCGCUGGGGCAGCCAACCAUAUUUCUCAGAGGGAGCUUUGAAGCAAUAUUAUGUGUCUAAGCGUUGCAUGACCAAGGAACAGUGUCAGUCGAAGCGACGUCGCUACAUGCAGCUCUACUGUACGCACAUCUGGUACGAGGAUUGGGCAUGCAACGAGUGCUGCCAAGGCGACAGAUGCAACUACUUUGUCAUUAGUGGCGCAACGGAGCGUAGAAGCAGCUUGCUCACACUACUAGGAACGCUAGCGGGAGCUUGGCUACUUUUGCGGCGUGUCAGCACGCCCUAAUCCUCAAGCAAUUGAUGCUAACUUAACGCACACAUUCCACAAAUUUAUAUUCAGAGGUAGUUAAGUAAUUUUGUAAUCAUUCCACAUAGUCUGUUGUAUCAGUUCUGUGCCGUCCAUUCGUCCCUAAGUAGUUGACACUGUUGUAGUGCCUUGUAUAAUGUUUAAGUACAGCAACUUCGAACUUUUUAAACCUUUAAAUGCUGCUGCUCAAGUUUCCCUGUUGAAUCUCGAAUUGAGUGUUUAACUUGAGCAGGCAGCAGGUCUUCUUACUAAUGAUUAAGUGUCCUAUCUUUGUGCCUUUUUGAUACCUUUUAUAUACAACGAAUUGGUCAGAUCCUACUGCUGCUCAGAAGCUGCCAAAUAGCUGCAGCUCUGAGCACUCAGUAGCCUCCUUUUAGCUAUUAGUAAAUACUCUCGAAUUGAAGCAAUCUCUCCCCUUUUGGGUCUUUUAACACAAACAAAACACACAUAUCUUUGUAGCCCAAUAAAGCUGUAUUUAAGACACGA